AUGUUUUCUCUCCUCGGUCUCACGAUAUGGCCAUUGACUCUCGUCCAGGCACUCUCACAGCAAACCUUCUCAUACUAUGAGGAUCUGCUUGACAACUCCACUGCCCCAUUCAUAUUUAACUCUCUGUCGUCUCUUCUUUCACAGUGGCCGAAUACAUACCAUGGCAAUGGACAUACAAUCAUUCCAGGUGUUAUCGACCCUUACACGCUACUCUACCACGCACGCAACAGCGCCGACCUACCCCCAUCUUCCGAAUGGCUAGCUUUCGACCCAGAAAUGAGUUUCGGCAUCUUUUCCUGGGAUCGUCCCGCCACGUUCUUGGCCACCUACAGAACUCUUCGGCCCGCCCGAAUCAUUUAUUUUGAUGGGAUGAGCGCGGCUCUGAAUUUCAAGGAAGCGGGAUGGCUGGAUAGCCAGGAGGUUUUCAUGGCGGGACGAGGCAGGCUUAACGAGUCAGACAAAUAUGAUAUCUUUGAUGAACCAGGUCGUUUAACUAAGCUGUGCAAAUGGGCUAAACAGGUGAAUCUAGACGGGAUUGUCCGCAUGAAUUCUGGCUUCGAGGUAAUGUGGUGCGACUUCGAUUCCCCCACGCUCCAGCUUGUUAGCUAUCUGAACAUCACCCCGCCUGGUCAUCCUCCUCCCAUUGAGCAGCCAGACGAGGACGAGUUCCCUUGGUCCCCGAUUGGGAUUGCAGCAUUUUCCGAGUGGUUCCGUGCCUCAGCACAACGAGGUAUGAGCCCGCAGCCCCAUGUCCACCUCGAUUAUUCCUCCUUCGUGACAUUUUAUCAUCCGCGCUUACGCAGUCUAGCUGGAGCGCGCGGGGAGCGGACCAUGAGACAGCAUCGUAUUUGGAACGACAUCUCUGUCGUGGAUGCCCAAUCUGUUAGGUCGGAGGUGGAGGAGGUCGUCCAGCGUCCCGGUUGGCCUGCAAAUGGCAGCGGCAUGAACUGGGCGGCUCUCGCACAGAACAUCGUAGAGGAGUGGGCUAACCGGAUUAUGCAACUGCAUGAAUUCCUUGGGAAUACCUCCACACCACAGGAUGACACCAUACCUGUAAACACGACAUACACACUCCUUACGUUGCGCCGUCUGACUUAUUCUCCGCUUAGUCCGUUCAUUGAUACCAGUGUGUCGAAUGCAUCUGUGCGCGAUUGGAUUUUUGGCGCAAGCGAAAUCUUUUCGGAAAAUCACCUUUUCCCUCUUUUCCCUACCACUCCGACAAAUUCAUCCAUGCUCCGACGCUGUAUGUACUCUGCCACUGGUUUGCUGCACGACCCGCGCAUCGACAAGACGCCUCAAGAAGCUCUGUUGCGGAUGAGCGUAGAAACCGUCUUGGAACGGUUAUGCACGGAUUAUGGCGUCCUCUUUGUCGAUAGCAUGGAAGCCAACGAGGAGAUUUCUGAGCCGGAUCUGAUGAAAAUGAUAGACCGAUGGGCAACUCGCAUUGAUGCCCUGAUGCACUGGCUGGACUGGACUGUAUGGCUGCGAUGCAACGAAGCCUGCUCUUCAAACAGUAUAUGCACGAUGCCAAUGUGGCCUGUCAACGGGUUCGACGGGUGGGAUGACGACGACAUGACCCCGCUCAUCUGGAAACAUCAAUGUGUAGAUUUGUCGCCCGAGGCCUUGUCUGAACCGCUUCGCUACUACUUCAACUGGACUCCUCCACAACAGGAUUUCGCGCUCGACAAAAUCCUAUGA